GGGUUCUGUUUGAAUACAAAUUUAGGACAGCUAAGGCCAGUCAAGCAUCUCCACUUGGACUCGAAGGAAGAUUAACCGAGAUUGAUUGCGCUGAAAACAGACUUGUUAAUCUAACAAUACAUAAUUUCCGCAAUCUAGUCAACUUACUUUGCGAGAAAAAUAGACUGAAAGAGUUGAACCUUGGGAACUGUCGAAACCUGGUUCACCUAUCUUGUUCCGAUAAUGAAUUGGAAAACCUAUAUUUGGAUAAUUGCUGUAAUCUUGGCUAUCUCGAUUGUUCAAACAACAAUUUAAAAAAGUUAGACCUUGGUAGUUGUCAUGAAUUAACUUAUUUAUACUGUGAGAACAACCAGAUAGGCGAAUUGAAUUUAACCAAUCCGAGUAAACUCGAAGAACUCCACUGUUCAGACAAUUCUCUUACCGAUUUUAAUUUUGACAUAUUACGACCCGAAGGAGUGACCGAACUAAAUUUUCAUAAUAACAAACUUUCGAAGAACUUGUCGUGCUUCUCCCGCUUUGUAAAUUUGGAGUUGCUAAUGAUAGGUAACUCGAGAGGAGACAAGACCAAUCGAUUUACCAUUUCUCCAGAUUUCUCUCUUGAUUCGUUGCGAAAAAGCCUGCGUGAGCUAAAAGAUGGGUCAUUUGAAGCUUUCAAUACUAAUCUCGUUCAGUCUGAUGGUAAAGAUGUAGAGGAAAUUAUCAGGAAAUUCCGUGAACAAAUCGAUAAUAGGAAAAGAGAAAGGCUAGAUAUAAUAAGGAAACAAUUUGAAAAUAGACAGCGCAUGUUUGCCGAGCGUCGAGCAGCAAGGGCGAGAAAACAGGCGGAAGCAGCUCAAAGAAUGCAAGCGGUAACUUCAGCAAUGGCCUCAAUGUUUCCAAGAGAGACAAUUGUGGUGGUAAUGUGA